AUGGCGCCCGGCCAGAGAGAGCAGGCGAGCGGGCGGCGGGAGGAGGAGCUCCGCGCCCCGCCCCCGUUCCCUCAGCGACGGCGACGCCGGGCAGCGGGCAGCAUGGCGGCGCCGGGGCAGGAAGAAGACCAGAAUCAGGAUGCCAUAGGUGGAAAGAAGGUUAUUAGUCGGACGUUUCUUUCCCUUUCCCAAAUUACCGCUUUGUCAGAACAAAAUGUAGAAGGAGUUCAAAAAAAGCUGGAAGAAUUUCUGAAUUUUAAACAAUUGAAGACAUCUUUGAAAGAAGCUGUUUUGCUAGAUUAUUAUACUGCGGGAUUUUGGUGGGCUAAAGAAAUGAACUUCAGUCUUAUACAGCUCUCAGGAUUCAUGGAUCUAUUAAAUUUCCUGUUGGAGAACCUCAGUGACAAACGUGUGACCUUAGGAGAGAAUUUAAAAGAACUUGGAAGAGCAAUGGCUGGAAUAGGAAAAACUGAUUCAGAAAGAAGUGGUGACUUGAAUUUCUUCAGCAUUGAGCAAGCCAAAGCAGUCAUUGAUUACUUGACUGACAGCUUAUUUAGACACCAUAAACUAUAUGAAUACCUCUUCCACAGUCCUAGAGAAAAACUGGUGAUAAGUAACGAGUAUGUGAUUGAACUUGCCCAACCUGCAGUUCCCCCCUUCCCUGCUCUGCCGGAAGAAGGCAUACCUUCGGAUAUCUAUUCAUCAUUCAUAAUAUCACCAACAGCUGCAGAGGCAGAAUCUAAGGGGUCUGACCAAGAGGGUUACCUGGAAGAGCCCUGUCCAGAGGCAGAGUCCUCCGAGGCAGAUGCUGUGGCUGGUGUCACUGCUGAAGAUCAGAAGUCUGCAGUGGGUGAAAUCCCAAAUGGAAUUAUUGGCAACCUUGAGGCAGACAUAAAUGAAAAGCUGCAAAGGCAAGAAGAAGCUUGUACCUUCAGAACAGAAAAUUAAAACCUCCUAAAUAGCCAGAUAAGAAAGGUGACGUUGAAUUUUAGAGAAAUUGGACAGUAGGGGAUGGCGUGCACAGAGGGCUGGCUCCCUGCCUGAAUGUAAUUAUUUUUGUAUAAAGGAAUAUAGUUCUGCUAACAUUUACCUAGAAAUAGUUCAUCCCAGUUCCUCAAAUUUACUGUGUUCUGCCAGUGUUGUUAUUUAGUUCAGGCUUAAGUAGAAGAUUAUAAACAGAAGGAUAUGUAAUUAAAACAUGUUGAAGUGCAGUUUAUAUCUGAAUAGAAAUACUAAUUAAAAAAAAAAACCUCACCGUAGUUUCAUUCUCUCCUUUUUCCAGUUGUGAAAUAUUUAACAGUUUCUGCUUUACACCUAUGCUUCUUUUCAGGGAAUUUUGCUAGAAGGAGAAUACAUAAAGAGAAAACAUAAUUUUUAGGCGCUGCAGCUAUAAUAAGGAGAGAAUUUAAUUAACAUGUAAUUACACACUUUUCACUGCAGUUAUUCAUUGAUAAUAUGUAUGUUAUUUCAUUUUAAAUUGCUUCCUAAGCUUUAAAACAAAUUUAAUAUCUUACACUUCUUCAUUUCCACCAUAUUAAAAUUGCAUAAGUGAAGAGUUUGUGUUCCCAAGAAGAGUUCCUUUAGAUUUCAGGGGAGAUUUUUCUGGAAUGCAUGUAACCUUUUAUCUGAGAAAGUUUCCAUAUUUUGUCAGACAUUAUAGAAAAGUUUUGAACUCAAAAGGAAUCUAACCAAACGAAUGACCUCAGAAGAACCGGUUUAACAUCUAUGUUUCAAAAUCGAGCCGGUAUUAAUUGUUGUGUUACAGAACUCUGCCCUAGAAAGCACAUUAAAUACAAGUCAUGCUGUCAAGCGUAAAGUCUGGGUUGGAUUACAUGUUUAGUGGAAUAUAGGAGAAAUACUGUUUUAUUCAUUACACUUUCAUAUUUGUUUCCGACUAAGUAAAAAGUUAGGGUUUGUUUCAUUUCAUCCCCAUUUUUUAUGGUGAUAAUGAAAAAGACUGCAAGCCAGACUCAGCCCAGUAAAAAAGAAAAUAGC